AUGAAUACGCCUGUGAUCCUGCAGAUCGAAUUCUAUUUCAAUAGGUGCCUGGCAAUCCUCGGUAUCCUGGCUAACUCCUUCACCAUUGCGAUUCUCUCGAGGGGAAAGAGCGACCUCUCCAAAGGAGUUUCUGCCUACCUGAUUGCCAUGGCAACAGCAGACCUGCUAGUCGUAGUCUUCUGUAUGAUACUCGACAGACUUGUGCAUAGACUUUUCCCAGCCAUGUUCUGGUUCUACACAACUCUAUGCAGCAUUAUUUCUCUACUGGGCUACGCUACAAUAGACUGUUCUGUUUGGUUGACCAUCGCAUUCACCGUUGAUCGAUUCGUAGCGAUUUGUUGUCACAACUUGAAAGUUAGAUAUUGCACUGCAAAGACAGCGGCGAUAGUUAUAACCGCUGUGACUGCACUGAGCGUUUUACGGAAUAUACCUUUUUACUUUAGAUUGGAACCUUACGGUUUCUAUAAUGGGAUACCCUGGGGCUGCGCCAUCAAGCUGGAGUUCUUCAGUUUGCCUGGUUGGGUGGCAUUUUUCUGGAUUCACCACCUGUUAAACCCACUGAUCCCCUACUUCCUGAUCCUGAUACUCAACACGCUCACUGUCAGGCACAUCAUGUUGGCAAAUCGAGCUCGUAGGGGACUCAAAGGGCCCAAUAACGGGGAUCUGCAAAAGGACCCCGAGAUGGUUCAGAGACGGCGGUCGAUCGUCCUGUUAUUUCUCUUGUCAGGCAGCUUUAUAUUGCUGUGGCUGACGAAGGUGUCAGUUUUCAUUCUGAUGGCGAUUUCCAACAGGCAUGGUUAUCCGAGUUAUAACCACCCCGUCAUUAUCGCCGACAAGACAGGUGUCAUGCUGUUCUAUCUUGGAACUUGUACCAACACUGCUGUUUAUGCUCUGACUCAGAAGAAAUUCAGAGAUGAGCUGAGGAGGAUGAUGGAUUGCGAACAACCUUCGGAAGAUGAUGUGGACGUUCAUGUUGACGAGGACCCAGCUCGUGAGUGA